AAACAAAGUAGGUCAUCACGUUUCCUUUCUGACUAAAUAUCAGCUUAUAAUAAUAUUUCUUCAUUAAAAAAGGACUAAGAAGAAAUCCUUUUUUUUAAAUAUUAUUCCAACGAGGAACAAAUUGCGAUUUUUUGAAGCUUUUUUUUGAGCUUAAAUCAGCUGAUUGCCUAUCGAAGUAACUGUUGAAUUCGCGGCUAAGGUUUCGGGACAGUUUUCCGGGUCUUCUUCACCUUCCGAGAGCACCGUGGGGUCUGCACCUGGAAAAAUGUGUUUCCAGCGCUACCUGGCGCAAGUCCGGACCACUUUGGGUCGGCAUUUGACAGAAACUUCUCCGGCAGCUUGGGCUGCUGUUCCCACUCAUCCCAACCGGAAACUGCAUCUGGUGCUGGGUAAUGAAUCCUGUGACCUGGAUUCCGCCGUCUCUGCCAUGACCUUGGCGUUUGUCUAUGCCCAGCGGAAUCGGGAGCACGAUUAUGUGCCUGUGCUGAACAUUCCUCGCCGGGAUUACCCCCUGAAAACGGAAGUGGGCCAUAUGUUUGGCAAGUGUGGGAUAUCUGAGCCGGUUCUGCUCUUCCGUGAUGACUUGCCCAAGGAAAUGACCCGGGAUAUCAGCGUUAUCCUCGUGGAUCAUCAUGUGAGUUCGCUGGCGCCGAACGUGACCCAGAUCCUGGACCACAGGCCACUGGAUGACGGUGCUCCAGACUAUAAGCUCCUCUCUGCCAGCUGUGAAAAGAAUAUCGACCCAACCGUGGGCUCCUGUGCCACUCUGGUGGCUGAGCGUUACCUGGCCGAGAAUGAGCCACGAUCUCAGAACGUAGCCCAGCUCCUCCACGCCACAAUUGUCCUGGAUACCAUUAACUUUUCGCCAACGGCCAAGAGAUUCGGUCCGCGGGACCAAUGCAUGGUACAGAACCUGGAACUGGAGCUGGGCCUGGGCAAGGAUCAGCGUCCCCAGCUGUUCGAUGAACUGGUGGCCGCCAGGGCCGACAUAAGCAAGCUCAAGUUGGCGGAGGUGCUGCGCAAGGAUAUGAAAAUGCUCUCCACGGAUCGUCAGGAGGUUCCCCUCGCCGGAAUGCCCAUCCUCGUAAGGGAUUUCGUGGACAAGAAGGGUGCAGAAGUGGCUGUGAAGGAGUUCGCCGUAAACAGUAAUCUCCUAGUGCUUCUGGGCAUGUAUGUGGAUCCCGCCGACGGACAGGUGCGGCGCGAUGUUGGCCUUAUCUCGCUCUCCGGCCAAAGCCAGCUGGUGGAACGCGUCAGGCAGGCUCUGGUGAAGUCGAGCGAUCCGGAUCUACAGCUGCGCCCUCACGACGUGGAAACCCAGUUCAUGGGCGGAUGUUUCCUGCGCCAGGACAACGUGCAGGCCACCCGAAAGCACAUCCUGCCAAUUGUGAAGGAAGCACUGCUCGACUGGGAGGCCGAGCACUGCUGCGACUGCGAGGAGGUGAUCUACUUCAAGGAGAAGCCGCAGCUGGGCCUCUCGUAGGAAAUGAAAAGACUUGGGUACGAUUUUGGUACACCCACUCCCAAUGGAAGUGUUCUUGGUUAAUUAUUAGAAUUAUGUACAGAUCAUACAUGGGUAAAAGAUUAAAAAAAAGAAGCUAUAUUAA